ACAUCCGGGGCGGUGGGAGGAGCUUGUCCGGCGGGCGCCCUGUGUUUGUGUAUCGGUCGUAACGCGAGGCCGGGGACUGAGCGCGGCCUGGGGCCUGGUAGAGGAGCGCGGCCUGGGGCCUGGUAGAGGAGCGCGGCCUGGGGCCAUGGCGGAGGCGGGCUGACAGGAGGACCGCAGGGAAGGAUAAUGAGCACGUGCCGCUGGUGCACGCCGGGCGCUCCUGUCUCCGCGGAGCUGCUGACGAGUUACGCCGCCAGGAAGCUACAAAGCGAUGACCUCAUCGGAGCCAACGAUGACCUCUCCUACUGCAUGGAGUGCGUGGCGGAGUACCACCGGGUCCGGGAGCAGGCCCCGCACCUGCACAAGGCUCUGUGGAAGAUGGAAACGGCACGCAUCACCGCGCAUUUGGAGAAGUCUCUGCGGGAAGAGAUAGAGGACGACGAGGUGUUGUUGGUGGAAGAAGAUGGAGAGAAGCAGCUGUUUGGUUACGCCGGCCUCGAGAGUAACGUGCGGGUCCCUCUCCUCGAGAUCCUCAAGUAUCCGUACUUGUUGCUGGACAGACGCGUCUGUGAGCUCUGCGUUGACGCCUUGUGCAAGAUGGAGACUGUGAACAACCCUUUCCAAGUUUACGAGAAAGUGCCAGGGAUCUACCUCCUCCUUGUACACCCCAAUGAGAACAUCCGCCGUUGGGCCAUUCUGACUGCGAGGGCUCAGGGGAAGGUGGACCGGGAUGACUACUACGACCUGCAGGAAGUGUUUACCUGCCUGUUUAAGUUCAUUGAACUCGGCCUGUUUGAAAGUCCUGACAUUUACAGCAGUAGUGAGGUCGAAGAUGGAAAGCUCAUCCUCCUACCGGCUCACUUGUACGAUACCACCAAUUACAAGAACUACUGGCUAGGGGUCUGCAUGUUACUGACCGUCCUGGAGGAAGAGGCCAUGGACUCCUUGCUGCUGGGACCAGACAAGCAGAACGACUUCAUGCAAUCCAUCCUUUACAUGAUGGAGAAACGGACAGAUGAUGAAAGCACCAAUCCCUUUUGGCCUGCACUCCAUUGCUUCAUGAUCAUCCUCGAUCGCCUAGGGUCCAAGGUUUGGGGGCAACUGAUCGAUCCAAUCCAAGCAUUUCAAACCAUCAUCUCGAGCCCGAGCUAUAAUAACGAGAUCGAGAACAUAAGGAAGAGUUGUCAGAGGCUAGCCAAGGACCAUCCCGAUCCAGAGGAUGACGACGACGACGACUUGGUGUCGUGUAGUCAGAUGGUGUAUAACUUCAACAGUGAAAAACCCAAAAAGGACACUGGAUGGAAAAGUGCCAUUUGCCCGGACUAUUGUCCUAACAUGUACGAUGAUAUGCAAAGCUUGGCCAACAUUCUGCAGAGUGACACUGGCCAAGAUAUGAGAGUCCACAAUAGCACUUUCUUGUGGUUCAUACCCUAUGUCCAGUCAGUCAUGGACUUGAAAGACCUGGGGGUUGCUUACAUCAUGGAGGUUAUUCACCACCUGUACUCGGAAAUAAAGGAGGCCCUCAGUCAAAGAAGCCGUCCGUGUGACAAGGUCUCAGAACUUUUUAUCAGGGUCUUGGUUUCUAUCAUUGAACUGCAUAGAAGCAAAAAGUGCCUUCACUUGCUGUGGGUGAGCUCUCACAAGUGGGUCGAGGCCCUCAUCAAGGGCUCUCUGAUUCCAACCAAAGACAUGGCGGCACGGCCCAACUCGAGAAUCACCUCCACCACCUCACCCUUGUCGUCUUCACCGAACUCUCAGGCCCCAUCUUCUGUACAAUUUGCGUGCAUCCAGCUGAUCAGAAGCCUUUUGCGGGAGGGAUAUCAGCUGGGACAGAACUCUACUUGUAAGCAGUAUCUGGACAAACUCAAUCUCGUCAUCAGGGGAAAUGCUCUCUGGAACCUCGAGUCAGACAUUCAAGGUUUACAGAACUGCCUUAUUGAAAUUAUAAAGGUCAUCAAGAACAGGACAUCCAUGGCUCCUAAUUCCGCUCUGGAGCAAACGACCAUGAGCAAAGUUCAGUCUGUUCCUUUCAUCAAGACUGAAAGGAUUGACGAGGAUGAGGAUUGGUACGGGUGCACUAGUAGCUCUCCGCUUCCAUCUCUAGAUGUCCCUCCUGUUACUAUCAGGUCUGGAUGUAGCACUGGUUCUCCAUUACCAUCUCCAGAUAUCCAACCCACAGUUACCAGUAAGCCUUCACAACAUGGGGCAGAAGGGUUGCUUUUCCCAAUUAAAAAGGAACCUCAGGAGGUCCAAGCCAAAGGUUCUUCCUUGCAUGGGUCUGUUUUAAAGACUAACCUCAAAAAGCAACCGUUCAAUGAAAUUGGCCAAGAAAACACGCAGUGCAAAGAAAAGCCAGUGGGCUGGAAGUCAAAACUAAGUGAAGUCAUGGCAAAGUCUUCCAAUCGGAUAUGUAAAAAAGAGCCUUCAGCGUCUGAAAGUAAUGUUAGCAGCAGCUCUGAGGCACCCAGUGCAUUAAAACCAUGCUAUGUGCGCAUUAAAAAGGAGCCGGACUUGUGGCAGACAGCAAAAUCUUGUAACGGAAGUGAUGCCAAUGAAGAAAGUGACGAUGUUGAUGAUGAUAUACCUCUGAUACAAGUCAGAAAGUCCUUGCAUGAAAAGACGAAGGGCUCAGCUGCAGACAACCUCGCAGUUAGUGAACGGCUUCGAAGACUGACGUUAGAAAAUGAUCGAGCGUCCAACCUGGUGAAGAGGGAGCCCAGCAAUGAAGAGGCAGAAUAUAAUGAUUGCGUGAUGGAAGGCGAAGGAGAGGACGAUCUGCCAUUAUCUGAAAUCAAAAAAAGGUUGCUCCUAAAAAAGGGUAAGAAGUUGGCCGGCUCCAUGGUUGACCGGGAUCUUCCUCGUUCAGCUGCUCAAGAGUCGACCCCAUGCCAAGAGUUUGGCCUUAUAGAAAGGAAAGUUAAGGAAACGAGAAGAUCUUUGCCUUCUGACAAUUCCUCUGAUCCCAUCAUAAUCCUCUCUGACGAUUCUUCAGACGAAGAGCAGAAAGAUUUUCUUAAGUUUGUUAAAACCGAGAAAAGGGAAAGCGGCCAAGAAGCAAGAUCGUCUUCUUCAGCCAAGUUUAUGAAGACGAAAAGUGCCCAAAUAAAACAGGAACCGGCUAUAGAAGUUGUUGAUGAGUACAACUCCCAGUGUUUCGAGUUCGAAACAGAGGAUGAGAUUUAUUCAGCUUGGGAAGACCCGCAGUUACAGGAGGAAAAACCUGAUCUUUUAAGCAAAUGUAAAAAAACGGAAACUGACCAAACUCCUGAUGACGAUAUUGUAUCGGCUGAUAGACUUGAUCAGUGGGGAUAUGACACGGAUUAUAUAUGUGAUGAUGUAAUUGAAAAGGCAGCAGAAGAUGCGGAGAGGCAGUUCCAAGAAUCCUUAAAAGCUUCAAACGCUCAAACGGGAGGCGAAUGCAGCAACGAUAAACCUUCACAUGAGGGGACAAGUUUAGGUUGGUUUCAUGGGAAAAGUUCAAGGGAGGCCAAAACUAAAAAUCUUAAAUUUGAUUCUAGAAGUAAACCGCCCAAAAUGACCAAAGAAACGUCCUCGAUCAGGCCAAAGUCAAAAGCAGAGCUGUCUGCAAAGCAGAAUAAAGUUCCAAGUGUUAAAUCUACAAAAAACAAAAGCCCACGUAAGGCACAGGGACAAGUUAGAAAAUUCAGCAGCCCAGGCAAAGCAUCGCUUGCCGUGGUCCCACCGAAGAAAGUACGCAAGUGUCCUGAACAGUCUUCUACCGCCGAAAAACUUGGCCUGAAGAAGGGCCCUCGCAAAGCCUUUGACUUGUCCCAAAGGUCUCUCAAUAGCUUAACUGAACUACGUGAACACGGGAAGUCGGCAGGGUGUGUGGAACCCAAGAGGCAGAAGGCCAAACUCAUCUCUCCACAAUCCAUAAUGGUGAAGAGGAACAAGAAGAUGUUGGCUUGUCAAGACCUUCAGUUUUACCGUCAAACUAGACCGAAGGAUAUUGAAAAAAGACGGUCGAGUAGCAACUCUGAGAACAGCUUUCAAACUUCGGAGAAUCCUGCAAAGCCAGUGACAAAGCCGACGGAUGGCGAUUCCUCUUUACAGAGUAGAGCGGAGAAAAAGGAACAACUAAAUGGUACUUCAAGGAAAAGGGAAUCUUCUAGGAUGUCUCCAGAAGCUUCUACUAGCUCUAAAACAAGUGAGGAAGAUGACUGGAAUGACCUUCCGCAGACAAAGAUGGAUCCGCCUUCACCUUCUGAGCCGGCAAAGACGGAACUGGAGGAUUAUGAAGAAGAGGAUGAUGACCCUUUGUUUUUAACCCAAGCUGAUCCUCUUGAUAUGGACCUGUGCUCACAAGUAGAGUCUGAGAUCAUUCAAGAAAACAGGCCGUCCAUUGUGGAGGAGCAAGUGGCGCCCGUGCAAGAGGUGAACCAGACUUUGAAAUGCAAAUACGUGGACUGCUCAGAGCCCGUCCAAGCUCCAGCUUAUCAUUGUCCUAAGCAUAAUACUUCCGAGAAAACCGACGAUCACCUUUUCGUUAGACCCGGUUUGCCGCUAUCUCUCCAAAAACCUACGAAACCAGCCACCACCAAGGUUUUCAGUACGGAGACCGCUUCCAGAACUGCCAAUCUCACAAAGGACCUGGAAAAUAAUCCGAAGUAUCCAACGAUUCCAAAAUCUAAAGCUCAACUUCCAAAGCCCCCUCUGCCCAAACUAGUCUUGCCACAAAGAAGGCCACCGGCCCCCCUGACCACAAGCAGUGUUUUGCAGCCCCUCAUCAAUCAGAAUAACGUCCCACUUCUGCCCACAUCUAACAGUGGUCCAAAUAUCGGGAAGUCUUUCGUAGCUGGACGCUUGCCACAGCUGGACCAGGCCUGGCUCAUGCAGUUGGUUCUGCGCUGGAAAUAUGAAAUGUUUGACAACUUCCAGCAGUUCGGAGCCCCCAGUGACCUCUGCCCAUUACCACUGCUAAAUGUGCCUCUGAAGUUCUCCGGUUAUGAUGAUUAUUUUAAAGUCUUUUUCCCUUUGAUGCUCCAGAACGCCUUUGAAUCACUGGAGCAAGAAUGGAGAGAAAAGCGAAGGCCACAAAGUGCCCAUCCGUAUAAGCUCCACCUGCAGAAUUUCUGCCUGGACAGCCAGGUCAACCGGGGAGAAUUUCGAGCCUGGAUACGGGAUAAAGAUUUACACUUCCAGCAUCAUCCAAAGGAGGACGAUUUGGUGUUUCUGCUCACGUCGGAGCCUCCGGACGAACAUUCCCGAGAAGAAAGGGAGUCUUCCGCGUCACUGGUCUAUCAUAUGGGACAUGUCUUCAGAUUUAACCGCUCUCAGAAUACGCAGAACUUUGAGAGGGAGCAGUACUCGUUGUGUGACCUGUGCAUCCACACGCACGGAAAUCUGUCGGCGUUCCGCAAUCAGCAGGUGCAGUGCGUUAUAAUCGGCAGCUUUGUAACAACCCUGCGGCAGUUUAAAGCUCUGCUGCAGCUACAGAGGAACCCGCUGUUCAGACCGAUCAUUUAUCCCAACGCCACAGACCUCUCGCCGAAAGGCAGCGCUGAAAAUAUUCCCACCAGCUCCCUCCGCAGCCUGCGGGAAUAUAACCGUGACCAGAUGUCUGCCAUCGAACAGGCCUACGCCAUGGUGACGCAGCCUCCACGGUUUCCUAAGAUAUGUCUGAUCCACGGACCUCCAGGAACGGGCAAAUCCAAGACUAUAGUUGGCCUGUUGUUCAGAAUGCUUAUGGAGAAAAGGAACAGCGAUGUCCCGAAUCAGAACUUCAACGCCAAAAAUAAACGCAACCGAGUUCUGGUCUGUGCCCCGUCCAAUGCUGCGCUGGACGACCUGAUGAAAAAGAUCAUAUUGGAGUUCAAGGAAAAAUGUCACGACAAAAAGAACACGCUGGGAAACUGCGGCGACAUAAACCUGGUGCGUCUGGGGGCGGAGAAGACCAUAGAUUCUGACGUUGUCAAGUUCAGUCUGGAUUGCCAGGUCAACUACAGGCUGAACAGAGCUCAUCAGGAUCAUGGCAUUCUCCGGCAAAAGGAAGCGUUAGACAGACAGCUCGACCAGCUGUCCCGCCAGAGAGCGAUGGAGCGCUGCAACAAGCAAACCUAUCAAGAGCUGGAUCAGAAAAUGAACAGGCUGUCUAAAGAGCGGCAACGUCUGGCUAACGAUCUGCGAGAGCUGCGCAGGAGACCACAGGAGAUACAGCGGAAUAUCAUCCUAGAGUCCCACGUCAUCUGCUGCACGCUGAGCACGAGCGGGGGGGUGCUACUGGAGUCCGCCUUCAGGCAGCUGGGACACGAACCCUUCAGCUGUGUCAUCGUGGAUGAGGCCGGACAGUCGUGUGAGGUCGAGACCAUCAUCCCUCUUCUCCACAGAUGUACGAAACUAGUUUUGGUGGGAGACCCCAAGCAGCUGCCUCCCACCGUCAUCUCAACGAAAGCUGAAGACUUGGGCUACGGACAGUCCCUGAUGGCGCGGCUCUGUCGCCAGCUGGAGACUGCAGGCCAGGGUUCCCUCAUUUUGCAGCUGACGGUCCAGUACCGGAUGCACCCAGACAUCUGCCUCUUUCCAUCCAAGCAUUUCUACAAGCAAGUGCUGAAAACGGACCGAGCCACGGAAGAAGCGCGAUGUUCUUCAGAUUGGCCCUUCCAGCCAUACAUGGUGUUCGAUGUGACAGAUGGCUACGAAGUGAAAGAGAGGGAGUCGUUUGCCAACCCACAAGAGCUCAAGAUGGUUGUGGCACUGGUAAAGCUCAUCAAAAGCAAGAAAAAGGAAUUUACUUUCCGAAAUAUCGGCAUAAUCACCCCGUACCGCGCCCAGAAGAUGCAGAUCAUCGAACAGCUUCAGAGAGAAUUUGGAAAGGACUCGAGGCCAAGUGAAGUGGACACCGUUGAUGGAUUCCAGGGUCGCCAAAAGGACUGCAUCAUUGUGACGUGUGUUCGUGCCAACUUUGUUCAAGGGGCUAUUGGGUUCCUGGCGAGUCAACAGCGCUUGAAUGUGACCAUCACAAGGGCCAGGUUCAGUCUCUUCAUCUUGGGGAGCCUCCGAACCUUAAUGGAGAACAAGGACUGGAACAGCUUGAUUCAGGAUGCGAAGAAGCGAGGGGCUCUCUUCAAGACGAGAGAGGAAAAUUACCAGAAAGAUGUCAACAGGAUCCUGAAACUUAAAACCGCUGUCAGCCACUCAAGUAGGCCAGCGGUGGAGCGACAUGCGGCCGGCAGUCCUUCCAAUACAACGCCUGCAGAGACGCCUUCAAGAGAACAUGUGUUACCUCCUCAGCUGGCGGUCCAGCCACCCCAGCGGAUCAUAGUUCAUCCAGCCGUGGACAUUCGCCCAAUGCAGAGCCGAAUGACUGCUCCGGUGGCAUCUUCAGUGACGAGAGCGAAGCUUCCAGAUCCCAGGCUGGCCCGGCGGCAGAGCGAGGAGUCGAGAGAUUCCAGUCCCUCAAACUCUGGGGUGCAGAAUCUCCAGAGCCGUUCUCAGACCCACGUCUCCUCCUCCUCAUCAGUAACUGGAGUCAAGCGACCUUCAUAUCCCGCCCCUGGUGACCGGCCACCCCGCGGAGCACACCGCUUCUCCAGGGACCAGGACUAUCGGGACCCUAGCACACAGUUUGAUCAAAACCAGGAUGCAAAGAAGAGGAGGACAUCCUAGGACUAUUCGGAGUCUCACCCAGCGGGGUGGCAUGGGCAGGCCCGUGGACUGGACUUCCUUUUAUACACUGGUGGCAAGUAGUUUAGUGGCACUUUACAGUCCUGACACAACGUGAAUGACUAAAUGAGGUGUAAUCGCUGCACAAUGAAAUGUCUGCAGCUUCUUAGUUGAAAUCCUUACUGUUAUCAAAGAUCUCUGCUUGCUGUCAGUGGAUGGGAAUAUUCUUGUUUUAGGAUAGAUGGGCAUGGCAGAUUUGAACUUUUUCUGCAGGCUUCAGUCAGGUGAACCUGCCCUUAUAGGCAGAGCCUGACCCAGUUCUGCUUGCACAGCUGAUGAAGUUGGUACAGUGUACCAGUGUAGGGACAAGUAUUUAAAGGGAUAUUCUGGUAGUUAUUCCCCUUCCACAGCUUAACUAUUAGAUCGGUGGCGACACCCACUCAUCACAAGACUGAGGACCCUUUAACAACAGGGGUUCCUGUUCUUUUGGUAGGUAGGACCCAUAGGGAUAACAUCUCACAACCUAAAUACCCCUUUGACUCAUGGCAGAUUGCCUAAAUUAUCACAAGUCAGCCGGAGCAGGUUCUGGAUGUUUAUUCACUGACUGCAAACAGAGAUGUGUAUUAGAAAGUUGCAAAGCUUUUUGUUAUAAUAAAUACUUUAAGGAGACCUUUAAAAAAAAUAUAUAUUUUUUUUUUUGUAUAGUUCUGAUAUUUGCGUUUUAACACUUUCUAUGCAAGUGUGCUGUAGAUGAUCGCUCUGCGAGCUUCCCCACGCUACGUGGAGAAGUUUGUACAAUAAAUGUAUAAAUGGU